AUGCUGAGCCGAAGCGCCCGCCAGACGAUCUCGAUUGGUCGCCAGCUUUCCAACGGGGCCACUCGACGGGUUACCCUCAUCCCUGGUGAGGGCAUCGGCCCCGAAAUCUCCAAGGCCGUCCAGGAAAUUUUCGAAUUGUUGAGCAGCCCGAUUGUUUAUGCUCUCUUCUUCUUCGGGCAGCUAAAGUGCCAGUCUCUUGGGACCCCGUCGACG